AUGAAGGGGAAGGAGGGAGUUUUGUGGGAUGGGACCAAGCUUGGCAGGGCGUGGGUGAUAACUCCCAACGUGACUUUGGAUUUAAGGUACACUUUUGGUUUCAGACAUAAGGAGGAGACGAGUGGUGGACGGCAUGGCCAUGUCGAAGCUACACCGGCGCCAUCUAAAUGGCAUGAGGACGGCAUGGACACGAGUGGCAUUAAAGCCCGGGGAAGGAUGAGAGUUUUGAACCAGUUAGACGAAUCGUCUACGGGGAGUACUUUUGAGUUCUUUAACCAAGUGUACGCCGAGCUUGAAGAUACCGGUACCUCUACCGACACUCGUAGGUAUAUCGAUCGAGACCGGAAAGUAGCUCACGCGAUAUUAAUGCGUGACUACUUCGUUGAAGACUCAAAGUUUGACGAACCAUUUUUUCGUCAUCGUUUUCGCAUGAGCAAGAGGUUGUUUUUGAAGAUUAUUGGUGAUAUUGAAGCCAACUUUAGUUACUUUCAAGAGAGGUACAACGCACAGGGUAAACAAAGUUGCACCGCUCUUCAAAAGUGCACAUCGGCGAUCAAGCAACUGUCUACGGGUGAACCUUCAGACGCGUAUGACGAGUAUUUAUGUAUGGCUGCUAGAACGGAACGCAAGAGUAUGGAGUACUUUUGUGAUGCGGUCGUCAAUUUGUAUCAAAAGGAGUUCUUACGUAGGCCUACAUCUCAUGACUUGGCUCUCAUCACACAAGUUCAUGAAGAAAGACAUCACAUUCCAGGAAUGCUUGGUAGUCUUGAUUGUACACACAUCGAAUGGAGGAUGUGCCCUAAACACUUAAAGGGGCAAUACACGAAGGGUGAUCACAAGGGAUUUGACAUUCGUUUUUCGGUCCCGCUGGAUCGAACAACGAUGUCAAUGUUUUGCAGCAGUCGCCGUUGUUUCAAAACGAGUGUAAUGGAUCCGCGCCAGACAGUUCAUUUAGCGUGGGUUGGGUUUGUUAAAGCUUAUCCUCAUCCAGUGGAACAAGAUGAAAAGAAAUUUAAAAGACUACAAGAGGCUGCAAGAAAGGAUGUUGAGCGAGCGUUUGGUGUUCUCAAUGGAAAAUGGAAAAUCUUGGACCGUCCCCUCCGGCUAUGGACAAUGGAAAAAAUCAAAAAAGUCGUCGCUGCGUGUACUAUACUACACAACAUGAUCAUCAAAGACAACGGGCGGGCGAUAUCACCGGUUCAUAUUAUGGAUCCACCGGUGCCAAGAGUUUAUAACCCGGAAGCAAACCGGGAGAUAAUGGAAGAGAACGUGCAUCAUCGGUUCCGAUACGAUCUCACGGCGCAUGUAUCGGCUUUAGACUUAUCAUUCCUUGACGAUCCAGCGAUGCAGCAACCAUCAGUUGCGAGUUUGAUUUAG